AUGUCGCAACACGACGAAAAAACGUUAAUUAGAAAACGAAGUUCGUUUAAAUCAAAGGUCACGCAUUUUUCGAAUUUUUUACAAAAGUUUGAGUCGUCUGGUCAGCCAUCGGAUAAAACCAUUGCGGAAUUAAUAGAAAGAUUAAAUAAAUUCGAAGCUAUAAAUAACGAAUACGAUGAGAUUCAAACGCAAUUAGAAGUUUUGCAGGAAGAUGCGACCGAUCAAUAUCUGGAACGCGAGGAAUUUGAAAAAACUUAUUACGAGUUAUUGAGUCAUGCACGUUGUUUGUUAAGAAGCGGUUCUCCACAAAUCAGUAAUUCAGUAAAUAAACCAUGUAACGCGAAUCCCGAAAACGGUUCGAAUUAUUCAAGCGGUCACGUGAUACCUACGUCAGUAAAGCUACCGGAAAUCAAAUUACCUACUUUUAAAGGCGAUUUUGAUCAAUGGAUUGAAUAUAGAGAAGUUUACGUAUCGCUGAUUCAUGAAAACGCCAAUAUUUCGGAUAUUCAAAAAUUCCAUUACCUUAGAGCGUCCUUGGAUGGUACAGCUGCGCAA